AUGCACAAGGCAGCGGUGUAUUCGCGCCAGUCUGGCGGCGGCUUCGUGUCGAACGGUCGCGCGGCUUGUGGCCGCAGCGCUAUGGCGCGCGAGUACGCCCGCGUGCAAGAGUUCUACAUGCAGCUGCACGAUUUGCAACCGCCGGCGCCUCACUACCAGUACGGGCUGACCCACCACCGGCCGCCGGCGUCUCGCAGGCGACUGAUGUCGGAUGAUCCAACUCCCCACGGGUUCUACGCAGCGGUGAAUGUCGGACCCCCGAAAACCGAAGAUAAGGGCGCUGGAAAAUACGCGCGCGCCGACGCAUUU